CUGGCGUCGGCGUCGCUGGCGUGCCGAAACCUCCCACGGCGCCGCUGCGUCUGCGAACGCGUCUGCGGACACCUGCUGGACGCCCGCCGCUCUGCUGCGCAAGAGAGAGUCGUCUGCGCAGAAUGAGAUCACCCCUAUUAGCCUAUAUACCUCACUAGCAAGGAAAAGGAUAAUGAUGGCCCCAUAUCUCUGGUAUCGACGGUAGUGGUAGAAGCGCCAUAAUGGACAACAGUACCUGUGGCAACGUAGCCGAGGUGUCCCUCGACUUGGACCCGGAUGCCGACAUCGAGUGUCCGCCGGUGAAGGCCAUGGUGCUGGUUACGUGCGGUAACGUGAGCAGACCGAUGCCGUUCCUCAACGUGUCUACCGAAGUCCCCAUCGAGUACGCACAGCCCAUGCUGGGCUAUGCUAUGCCCUUCCUGCUGGUGAUCACCAUCAUCGCCAACACGCUGAUCGUGGUCGUGCUGUCCAAGCGGCACAUGCGCACGCCCACCAACGUCGUGCUGAUGGCCAUGGCGCUGUCCGACAUGCUGACGCUCCUGUUCCCGGCGCCGUGGCUCUUCUACAUGUACACCUUCGGCAACCACUACAAGCCGUUGGCGCCCACCAGCGCCUGCUACGCCUACCACAUCAUGAACGAGGUGAUCCCGGCGCUGUUCCACACGGCGAGCAUCUGGCUGACGCUGGCGCUGGCGGUGCAGCGGUACGUGUACGUGUGCCACGCGCCGGUGGCGCGCACCUGGUGCACCAUGCCGCGCGUGCUCAAGGGCGUGGGCUGGAUCGCCGGCUGCGCCGCGCUGCACCAGUCCACGCGCUUCGUCGACACGGUGUACGAGCCUUGCGAGGUGCCGUGGCGCGGCCAGCCCGCCGUGCCCGUGUGCGUGCCCACGCUGUCGCCGCUCGUCGAGGCCAUCACGCCCGACGUCUACUUCGUCUCCUACUACAUGUUCCGCGUCGUCUUCGUGCACAUGCUGCCCUGCAUCUCGCUCGUCGUCCUCAACGUGCUGCUCUUCCGGGCCAUGCGCGCCGCCCAGGUCCGGCGCAGGAUGCUCUUCCAGGAGAACCGCAAGAGCGAGUGCAGGAAACUUCGGGACUCUAACUGCACGACGCUGAUGCUGAUCGUCGUGGUGACGGUCUUCCUGCUCGUCGAGAUCCCGCUGGCAAUCGUCACCAUCCUCCACAUCAUCUCGAGCAGCGUCACCGAGAUCCUCGACUACUACGUCGCCAACGUGCUGGUGCUCUUCACCAACUUCUUCAUCAUCGUCAGCUACCCCAUCAACUUCGCCAUCUACUGCGGCAUGUCGCGGCAAUUCCGAGAGACCUUCAAGGAGCUGUUCGUGCGUGGGGCGGUGGUGGCCCACCGGAACGGCGGAAGUUCCAAAUACUCGCUCGUCAACGGACCGCGUACGUGUACCAACGAGACGGUGUUGUAACGACGAGACAGUUGAACCAUACUUCAAGUGAACGCCCGAUGCGACGCGUCGGCUCUCCCUCGUAUCUUCUUCUGUGGCGUCAUUGGAACGCGUUUCAGCAUAACCCCCGCAACAUCACAUUAACUCUUCGUCUUAGUUUCCCCUCUAUCCAACAUCUGGUCGGAUUGGGGUAUCCAUGGUACUCUGAUGAUAUUUCUCAUCUGUUGGAGUUUUAUUUGUUGCUCUCAGACGGUAAUUUCGUCAAAGAGAGGGGCCUGUUAUACUGUAGCGUACUAAGAUGGAUCUCCUCGGCUAGACGUUGACGAGCGAGUGUCAUUCUAACGCACAGCAGUUUCUUCUGUGACUGCACCGUUGACUUCCGCAUACAUCGUAAUUCAAAAUAUCAGCAGAAGACGGUUCAGAACGUAGGCGCCGCAGUCUUACUAUACUGACAACUUCAAUCGCAACAGUCCAACAGUGUAACUUACAUUUUUUACCUUUGUCAAUAUUAUUAACAAGAGCUCUCCCCAAUUUUCAUGUCCUAAUUACACUGAAACACAACGUUGCCAACCAAACAUGUCUGAGUCACAUCAAGCGACCGUGUACUUGAGACCAAGAUUCAAAUGUUCAUAUUUCCUCACCAGGAGAAGAAGAUGAGUGUGGCUGCAAGUAAAAAAAAAAAAAA